AAGCAGUUCCGGCGCUGGAGCCCGAGUGUUUGUGUUUUGGUUCGUGAGGAGCCGGGGCGGUCUGAGGGGAGGAGACCGAGGGAGGAGGAGGAGGAGGAGGGCGACGGCGACGACGACGACGACGACGACGACGACGACGACGACGACGACGACAAGGAAGAAGUCCUCGGGACUCGAGCGCGGCGACUCUGGAGGAGGAGGAGGAGGAGGAGGAGAAAGGAAGGCGGAACGGAGAGGCGGAGACGCAGCCCGGCAGGGGCGGCAGGGCGGGCGGCGCUCGGAGUCCCGCGCCGGCCAGAGUGAGAAGAAGGAGCGAGCAGGCGACGCCUCCGCUGCAGCUCCGGCGCAUCAGAUCUCCGGGCCGGGCCGGGCCGGGUCGGGCCGUGCGUGGCUUCGCUGCCGAGAGACGCGGCCCCAGGUAAUUUCUCCAGAAAGAAAACAAAAUUGAUGCCUUGCAUCCUGGAAGUUCAUUUAGGAAUCUGAAAUUAGGGACUUCUUUAAAAUUUGGACAUGGCUAAUCGAGGAGCAACAAGACCAAACGGGCCAAAUACUGGAAAUAAAAUAUGCCAGUUCAAACUGGUCCUUCUAGGAGAAUCUGCUGUUGGCAAAUCAAGCCUGGUUCUUCGCUUUGUGAAAGGCCAAUUUCAUGAAUUUCAAGAGAGUACCAUUGGGGCUGCCUUUCUAACCCAAACAGUGUGUCUUGAUGACACAACAGUAAAAUUUGAAAUAUGGGAUACAGCUGGCCAAGAACGGUAUCACAGCCUAGCACCAAUGUACUACCGAGGAGCACAAGCAGCCAUAGUUGUGUAUGAUAUCACAAAUGAGGAAUCCUUUGCGAGAGCAAAAAACUGGGUUAAAGAACUUCAGAGGCAAGCAAGUCCUAAUAUUGUGAUAGCUUUGUCAGGAAACAAAGCUGACUUAGCAAAUAAAAGAGCCGUUGACUUCCAGGAAGCACAGUCCUAUGCAGAUGACAACAGCUUAUUAUUUAUGGAGACAUCAGCUAAGACAUCAAUGAAUGUAAAUGAAAUAUUUAUGGCAAUAGGUAAGAAUAUGAAUGUUCCUCACCCUUCUUAA